GAGGAUGCAGACGUGGAGUGGAAAUUUGCCCGAGCAAAACUCUGGCUGUCUUAUUUUGAUGAAGGAAGAACUCUACCUGCUCCUUUUAAUCUAGUGCCAAGUCCUAAAUCAUUUUAUUAUCUCAUAAUGAGAAUCAAGAUGUGCCUCAUAAAACUCUGCAAAUCUAAGGCCAAAAGCUGUGAAAACGACCUUGAAAUGGGCAUGCUGAAUUCCAAAUUCAGGAAGACUCGCUACCAAGCUGGUAUGAGAAAUUCUGAAAACCUGACAGCAAAUAACACUUUCAGCAAGCCCACCAGAUACCAGAAAAUCAUGAAACGGCUCAUAAAAAGAUAUGUCCUGAAGGCCCAGGUGGACAGAGAAAAUGACGAAGUCAAUGAAGGUGAGCUGAAGGAAAUCAAGCAAGAUAUCUCCAGCCUGCGCUAUGAACUUCUUGAAGAGAAGUCUCAAGCUACUGGUGAGCUGGCAGACCUGAUCCAACAGCUCAGCGAGAAAUUUGGAAAGAACUUAAACAAGGAUCACCUGAGGGUGAAUAAGGGCAAAGACAUUUAGCAGCCCACACCGGCAUCUGUGACUUCUACCAGCAUUCCAAGGCCAGGUUGGAUGCCCUGGCCCCCAGCCCAGGUGGGAAGGGGUCCUGCACCGCUCCUCUAGGACACGAAGGGGGUCCACUGGCUCAGUCUUGAGAAGCAUCGCUGACUCUCCAGCCUUGUGGCCUGUACCCAGAAUUGCUGUGAAUCUAGGCUGUUGGGUAAGAAAAGCUACCACAGAAAGAGGGGAGGAAAUGCCCCUGACACACGUGAGACCUUCAGUCCAGCUGCAGUGAAAUGCAUCCCUGUGGCCAGAGCAGGAAUGGGCCGUCCUAGAUGCACACACGUGCCCUCCCGCUGCACAUGGGACCGCAGCUUUGGCUGUGUCGGGGAAGACAAACCACCUCAUCACAUAAGCCCCUUCUCGCUCCCUCCCCACCAUCCGCACACGUUCAGACAGAACUGGGAGGUGACCUGUGACUACUCUUAAGUGCCAGAUGAGAACACAGAUAGCCUAAUAGCAAAAUACUUAUAUUUGUUUAUAUAUAAAAAAAAGUUUAAAAAUCCUAAAUCAAAAAUUGUACUGUAGUCACAGCACUGUUUAGAGAACAACAGCAAAAUCCAAAUGAUGUAUUUUUACCUUUA